AUGAAGUGGAUUUUGCCAGCUGUGGCGCUAGCUUUGAGUGCCAUUAGCGGAGUACAGUGUAGUUUUGGACUAGAUAUAAAUCUUCCAAUAUCGACGCAGUCUAUCACGCAAGCAAUUGGAUCCGGCAUUACAUCGGUUGUGAAAGCGAACGGAACGUUGAAGGCUUCCGCGGAAGUGGACACCAGUGGAACUGUACAGAACUUAAUCUACAUCGCAAAUAAUGUGACUUCUCCGAUGAAUCAACUCCUUGGUGGGGUAUUAUCUGUAACUACUGCGAGGAGUGGGGACGUUUCGAUGUUGUUUGAUAAAGUUUCUAUGCUGUUUUCAAGUACAUCAUCGGCAAUCGACAAGGCUUCAGCCGUAGUGAGCAACCUGGAAGGACUCACCAAGGCAACCUUAAUCCAAGGACUUGGGGAUAACCUAACAUCGCUAUCAAAGAGUCUGACAAAUCUCUCCAGUGGUUGGCAAAACCUCACGGAGGCUGCCAAAGAUGCAGCCAGUUCACCGACUCCGCUGACCUUGGUGAACAUCGGAACCUACAUCAACGCUAGCAUCUUAGCUAAUGUCACAACUCCACUUAAAGCGGCACACAGCUCUAUAGAUACUAUAGCAACAUUCAUUACCACCAUCGGAACAGAAAGAACGCAAGCUUUAAAUCACGAAGCUAGGGUGAAUACAAGUAUCAACGACAGUCUUCGGAACAUUGCAAACGCCGAAAUGAACUUCAACCGCACCAUCGCGGAUGUCUUCCAACGAAUUGGCGUUGCCCAAAUCAACACUUUCAAAAACAUCAACCAAACUUAUGCGCCCAUUCUCGCAAAGGUAGAUCAGUACAACGGCGGAAAUGUUACCAACAUGACUCAAUUCCUCGCAGAUCUGGCAGCUGCAAACGUCAGCCUCACCCAGUUCAUCGAACUCAGCUCCAACUACAGUACGGAACAGAUCUAUACCGUACUGCGCGACCAAAUUACGGUCCUGUCCGACACUCUGCUCAACAUAACGGCCAACAUAACCAACCUGGGCAUCACCAACACCAGCCAGUUCGCAACGCAGUGCACCCAGCGGUACGUGCAGCAAAUUCAGCAGCUUCGCAUCCGAAAUCUGGAAAACUGCAUCUCGUCCGAGCUGAACAGCUUCCGGCCUACACUAACGUUCGUCAACUUCCAACUGGACCUGAUCAAAAACGCCGCUAACGCUCCCUUUACCCAAAUCACGCGAACUUGCCAACGCGGCAAUGGUCAAUGUGCAAGCGCGCUCUUUGCCGCAUUCCCGGAUCACUCGACCAGGAUCCAAAACAAGAUUUCCGUUGUCGCGGGUGGUGUCAGCAACGACGAGCACAUCGUUACUGGGCGAAUCCGUGACUGUAUCAUCGGUGCCACCACCGACCUGAUUGAUUCGGCGCAGUCUAUUCAGGACAAGUUCAACGGUUGUCUGGUAACGGGAGCGUAACAAAAAAGGAACUCGACAGGAUCCACGCUUCAAAUAAACUAAUCAUGAAUGAAGGGAA